GCGACUGUACUGCCCUACUACCUGCUCUGUCAACUCUAACGCUCCACUAUGGCUGUGUCUUGGCUGCAGUCGGCCUGUCUCCUGGUGCUAGUGGCGGCUCUUUGUCCCGGGGCAGAAGGCUUCAGCUCUCAGCACCUGUGCGGACCUCACCUGGUGGAGGCUCUCAACAUGGCCUGUGGUGAGAGGGGCUUCUACUACAACCCCCAGAGAGACAUCCACCAAGGCAUCGUCCAUCAUACAGAGCGAAGGGGCAUCGUUCAGGAGUGCUGUGAAAACCCUUGCAGCCUGCUGGCACUGGAGAAGUACUGCAACUGAAGACCCAGCGCCCCGCAACGCUUCACUCAGCUUAGUUAGCGCAGCCUUGCUUAGCUUAGAGUAGCUUAGCAUAACUUAGCUUCCUGGCUAAAUUAAUAUGCACUUUUUCACUGUUUUGCAUUAGGAAGUGGCUAAAGUUGUCCAAAAUGGAGCCAACUGCAAACUGAAAUGG